UCUGAAGUGAUAUAUAUAUGUGCAUGUUCUAUGCAAAUUAAUAGAUAUAUUAUAUUCUAUAUUUUUAUGGUCAGUGAAUAUGACCUUUGAAAAGUCAAAGCCAAGCAACAUUUGCGUUGAAAGCCAAGAUGUCGGCUGCGGUGUUUUUAUGUCGUCGUACUCCACUAUGUUGCAGGAAAUACAUUCUAAAUUUGGGAAAAAAUCAAACACAAAUAGAUUUCACAGGGAGAACAGUUAUUUCUCACUACAAGAACACACCUAAAGUGAAUAUUUUCCAUAAACAAACGCCAUUUCAGUUUCUGAGGAAGUGGUACCCAUGGAACCCAAAAAACUCCAGAAUUUUUGGCCAGCGAGUUCACAGCACUGUAGCUGCCCGGAUUGAAUCAAGCAUCCCUCUCAAUUCACAGAAGAUUGUUGGCAAAUGGCUCUUUGGCUGUGCUGGAAUGGUUUUUGGAGCUGUCAUAUUGGGUGGUGUAACACGUUUGACAGAAUCAGGUUUGUCAAUGGUUGAUUGGAAACUGUUGAAAGACAUGAAACCACCAAGCAACCAAGAAGAAUGGAUUGCAGAGUUUGAGCGCUAUAAAACCUUUCCCGAAUACAAACAUGUCAGCAACCAGAGAGAAAUGACACUAACUGAUUUCAAAUUCAUCUACUACAUGGAGUAUGCACACCGUAUGUGGGGUCGUUUGACAGGCAUGGUCUUCUUAUUACCUGCUGCUUAUUUCUGGAGGAAAGGUUGGCUGUCUGCUGGCAUGAAACCUCAUGUUUUGUUAUUGUCUGGUCUCUUGGGUUUCCAGGGUUUCCUUGGUUGGUUCAUGGUUAAGAGCGGCUUGGAAGAAGAUAUUGACAUCCCUCGAGUCAGUCAGUACCGCCUUGCUGCACAUCUAAGUUCAGCUUUUCUCCUUUAUGUCAUGUUCCUCUGGUCAGGUCUGUCCCAUGUCAACAGCCGACAAAUGAUGCCUAAAACCUUACAGAUGUUGAGACUUCGUAAAUUUUCUUUUGGUGUUACAGGAUUAGUGUUUAUUACAGCCUUUUCUGGAGCAUUUGUUGCUGGUCUUGAUGCUGGUCUUGUCUACAACUCUUGGCCAAAGAUGGCUGAUAGAUGGAUACCCUCUGACAUUGCUGCUUUCUCACCAAAGUGGAAAAAUGUUUUUGAAAACCCAACCACAGUUCAGUUCAACCAUCGAUGGCUGGGUCAGAGUACAGCUGCUGCCAUUGUUACACUAUGGCUCGUUUGUCGUAAAGCACCAUUAUCACCUCGAGCCCGAACUGCAGUCAACUGCCUUCUUGCCAUGGCUUUUGUUCAGAUUGGACUGGGUAUCGGAACCCUGCUGACUUAUGUAGAAACACCAUUAGCUGCUACUCAUCAAUCUGGAUCACUGGUUCUACUCUCCUUUGCAACAUGGCUGUCCCAUGAGUUACGAAGGCUUCCAAAAUAAAUAAUACCUGUAAAAUUUAA